GAUGCUUGUAAGAUGCGUUCCUCUCCAAAAAAUGUAUUCUUUCUUUCGAGUUUAACAUUAAUUUAUUUAAUUAAUGUAAUUUUUACGGUGGCUAUUCGGUGGAAUAUGGCUAUGAAGGUCAGCUGAGGCUGAAAAAUAUCCUGAGUGAACCGAAACUCGAGAAUUUCCAACGAACCUCUGUUAUAACUAGAAAUUUAUCAUGACGUCACGAUUGGACCGACUUUUUGUACUCUUGGAAACUGGAUCUAGUGCCGUAACUAGAAGAGCUGCAGCGCAACAGCUCGGCGAAGCCCAACGCCUGCAUCCACAUGAACUGCAUCAUCUUUUAGCUAGAGUUUCUACGUUAUUAAAAUCACCUCAGUGGGAUACGAGAGUAGCCGCUGCACAUGCCGUUCAAGCAAUACUGGCCCAAGUUCCGCAAUGGGACCCGAAACCCCUACACCUAAAUGUGCCUGACGCUCAGCUGCAACAAGAUGAAACCGAGGACGGGCAAGUACGUCAGUUCAGUAAAGCCAACAGACUCAGCUUGCGAGAUUUCGAUAUGGCAAGAGUGUUGGCACGUAGUUUACAUCUAACCGGAUCUGAGGGUAGCGAGUACGACUUAGUUGUUGCUGAGACAAGUGAGCAACCCAAUUCGCAGCAAACGGAAAAAAUUUUUGCUGCAAAAUUUGGUCUCCAUCCUCGACUCAUGGGCAUCGAUACCAAUGAAUUAUUCACAAAUGACGAUUUCGCACCAUCUGUGCAAGCGCCUGGUGCAUCGCAAAUCAAAAUGCCCAUCGACGAGACGAUGUGCCAACCCAGUGGUCUGAGCCGUCGAGAAAUGAAUCGUGCACGGCGUAAGGCACGUCAGUCAAUUUCAAAGCAACGUUCCAGGGAGCCCGAUGAUACGCAAGAUCAUCAAAGUUCGGUAACAAGUGGCAGUGGCGAACCGUUGCUUAAGAAGCCAAAACAAGAAGAAAACACGACGUCUGAAGCAUCGUGGAGUGGCGAUGAGGGAGGCAACUGGGGAGUGCCGGACGGAACUGGAUGUUGGCCUGACACAGCCGUCGAGUGGCCGCUUGAAUCGUUUGCAGAGAGUCUUUGUCAGGACCUGUUCAGCCAGAAGUGGGAAGUUCGUCAUGGCGCUGCAACCGCGUUGCGUGAACUUGUUCGGCUACAUGGAAAAGGUGCUGGCAAGUCACGAGAUCAAACAAAAGAAGAGAUGGAGGAAAAUCACCGUCGAUGGGUAGAAGACGCUGCGUUGCGACUGCUCUGCGUUUUGGGUCUGGACAGAUUUGGUGACUUUGUUUCAGAUCAAGUCGUAGCUCCGGUUCGCGAGACUUGUGCUCAGGCUCUGGGUUCUUUAUUGUUGUUAAUGCCAUGUACCGACAAUGCAGAAAAUGAUGAAAAUGGGAAGAAAACAAUCAAAGUGGAAGUCAAAACCGAAGAAGAUGGCGACAAAGUUAAAGAGGGCGGAGCGUUGGGGGUUUUGUCCGUUGUCUUGAAACUUCUCGAACAUAACGAAUGGGAAGCUAGACACGGCGCCCUUUUGGCACUAAAAUAUUUGCUAGCUGUGCGAGACGAUCUUCUCGACGAACUGCUACCGAGGGCAUUUCCAGCAGCUAUGCACGGACUCGCCGAUCCAGUGGACGACGUUGGCGCUGCAGCAGCGAGCGCUUUGAUUCCGGUCGCUGGCGUCUUGCCUAAACUUCUCACACCGUCGCAACUCGAAGCUGUCGUUUUACGACUUUGGGAACUCCUGCGUGAACAGGACGAUCUGGCCGCUGCCUGUAACAGCUUCAUGGGUCUACUUGCUGCAAUUUUGUCUUUACCUGCUGCCCGUGAACAUCUUACGCCGCAACCUUUAUCUAAGGUUUUACCAAGGUUGUGGCCAUUCUUAGGUCACUCGAGUUCGAGCGUGAGAAAAGCCACAUUGCAGACGCUGCUUACACUGACGGGAGACGAUGGAAAUCCCAAAGACGAGCAGGAUCGUUGGGGGGACGCUGGUGGCAGCGUUUUGCAGGAAGCUUUGCGCCAGGUGUUUCAGCGCGCAUUAGUGGAACACGUGGCUGCUAUACAAGAAGUGGCGGAGCGAGUGUGGCAGAAUCUUGUCGUACGGAGUGACCUGCAGUUGCUGCUGCUCGCUUCCUGUCCUCUCGUCAGCACGUGGCUUUGUCUUGCCAUGCAACCGGAACAUGUACCGUUUAGUCCUGCUCUCCUGGUUGCCGCUACAACAACUCAGCAUAACUCAAGACUGACAAAAAGUUGCGGCGGUAACGGAAGCGACGCCCAAUCAGAUUCGGGCAGUAGCGGUGGCUGCGGAAAUGGUGGCGGCAAGUCGGCGUCGGAAUUGAAAGUCUACAUAGGUGGUGUAGAAACUGUAGCUCCGGCUACGCGUCGAAGCAAUGUCGUUCGCGCACGUUGUAUGGCAGCGAGAAUGCUUGGCCUACUUUCCUGCUACGUUGUCCGUCCUGCUCCAGGGGUAAUUUACACCCCAGAUACACCCAGCCCUGCACUUUGUUACGCGAAAGUUCUGCUGGUUCAUUUAGCCUCACGAUCUGCCCUGCAACGCACCGUCGCGGGACUCACAAUGGCUCAUUGGGCAACCUUGGAACAACCCCAUCCGCCAGUUAUACCUGACAUUCUCAAGGAGAAGCUCCUGGGCUGUCUGAAUGAGUGCGUUUACUACGAUGAGAUUGCUGUGACCUUCACUCGCUUGUUACAAGAGACUCGUGACUAUAUCGCUACUCUAAAGCACUACAAGUUACCGCUCAAGGAAGGAACAGGUCUCGAUGCAGCAGCGAUUAGCACAGGGGUGAUGACUCUUGAACAAAUCACUAUACUUACGGGUAAAACUGUUUCCAGUCUGGUAGGCUUUGGAACUGCUGCCGGAAGCGGAAAUACUGCAGUGAAAUUGAAACCCAAAGUCUUGGACAGUUUGGAGGAACGACGACGUGCCAUAGAAUCAGGUGCUACUGCAACUGCGAUGCAACAGCAUGCGCUCAAUAUAACAUCCAUGGCGGCGCUGGCGGGAGCUGCAACAAUGCUGCGCUGUCUUCCGGGCGCAGAUUGUCCUCUCAAUCCUCUUGUAAAGCCGCUCAUGGAAUCAAUAAAACGUGAAGAAAAUGAUCAAUUGCAAAGUCUUGCUGCACGGCAUCUCGCACACCUUAUAGAUCUCUGCGUGGAAAGAAAACCCUCUCCAAAUCACAAAAUUGCUUCAAACUUGUGUAUGUUUCUUUGCUCGGACCCGGAGUUUACACCACGGAUAGUAGGCGACGUACAGCCAUUUGAGGGUAUUCUUACAUUGACAAACAGACAACGACACGCAGAAAGAGUGGCUUACAAUCGUGGCGGUUUCGGAGGUAACGGAGGUCGUGGUCCUGGGAGACCUCCAACCACGGAAAUACCACUUGAAGAGUUACUGGCGUACGAAGAACCGGAAGCAAAGGCAGCGAGAACUCGUCGUCGUGGCGCAACCCUAGCGCUUACCUCCGUAACAAAGUUGCUCGGAGCCCAGCUAUCCUCGCGUCUACCACGUCUCUGGGAACUGAUGUUACCAGCAGCUCUUAAAAAUUGCAGUCCCGACGAGUAUUCCUAUCAACAAAAUCAUCAGGAUGAAGCGACUCAAUUGGUGUCCAGUCUCCAAGUGCUGGAAACAGUCGCUCCGAGUCUUGACUUGUCCCUUUUACCUCCCGCCAUUGAGUGUGUACCACGACUUUGCAAUCUCUUGGCACAUCCUUAUAGAGCUGUCAGACACAUGGCUGCCCGUUGCAUUGCCGUAUUAGGCACUCUGCGCACCGAAGAGGUAAUGAAGCACGUAGUUCGAAGCAUAAUACCACUCUUAGAGCCGAGUAAUGACAAAGACAGCUCAAGUACGGAUAAGGUCAAGAUAAUAGCUCCCGCUGAAGUAGAUGCUAAACGUCAAGGAGCAGCCGAAUCACUCGCUUGUUUGGUCGAGAGCUUAGGCGUAGGCGUUGUUCCAUAUGCUGUUCUUCUUGUUGUACCUUUACUUGGGCGAAUGAGCGAUCAAAAUCAAGCUGUGCGUCUUACCUGCAGCGCAACCUUUGCAACUCUUGUUCAACUGAUGCCUCUCGAUCCUGGAGCUAUCGGAGAUCCACCUCUACUUGGGGAUGAAAAAGCUCAAGAAAGACAUUUUCUGGAACAACUAUUAAAUCCACGAAGCAUUCCUGAUACGAAAUUGCCGGUCCCAGUGUCGGCUGAACUGCGUGCUUAUCAACACCAGGGACUGAAUUGGCUUGCCUUUUUGAAUCGUUACCGGCUUCAUGGAGUUCUAUGCGACGACAUGGGUCUCGGAAAGACUUUGCAGACUCUAUGCAUGUUGGCCACCGAUCACUACCAUCAUCCGCACACAGUUCCCAGUCUCGUUGUUUGUCCGCCUACUUUGACUGGUCACUGGGUUUACGAGGCUGAAAAAUUCUUCAAACCAAAAGAUCUAUCGGCCUUGCAAUACGCCGGACCACCACCGGAACGUGAAAAGUUACGUCCACGGAUAACUCGGUAUCGGUUAGUUGUCGCCAGCUACGACAUCGUGAGGAAAGAUAUUGAAUUUUUUGAGUCCAUUCAAUGGAAUUAUUGUAUACUCGACGAGGGACACAUCAUUAAAAAUGGGAAAACAAAAAGUGCAAAGGCUGCCAAACGGCUCAGAGCACAUCAUCGUCUGAUACUUUCCGGCACACCGGUGCAAAAUGAUGUCCUCGAGUUAUGGUCUCUCUUCGACUUUCUCAUGCCUGGAUUCCUCGGUAGUGAGAAACAGUUCGCAGCACGUUAUUCACGACCUAUAUUAGCCAGUCGCGAACCCAAAGCGGGAGCGAAAGAUCAGGAAGCAGGCGCGUUGGCUAUGGAAGCUCUUCAUCGUCAGGUGUUACCUUUUUUACUGAGGCGUAACAAAGAAGACGUAUUGCAAGACCUACCUCCGAAAAUUACUCAGGAUUAUUACUGCGACUUGUCCCCGUUACAACGUACUCUUUACGAAGAUUUCCGUACACGACAUUCAGCGUCUCUCAGCAGCCCAGCACCGACUGACAAUCCGUUGGGUACACACGUUUUCCAGGCUCUACGUUAUCUUCGAAAUGUCUGCAAUCAUCCGAAAUUAGUGCUUACCCCACGCCAUCCGCAAUAUCAUUACGUUUGCGCUUCGCUUAAGCAUCAACAAAGUUCUCUGACCGACAUUGAACACGGCGCUAAACUUCCCGCACUAAAGCAACUCUUGCUAGAUUGCGGUAUCGGUCAGCAACAGCAGCAACCGGUCUCAAUGACUUCUAUAACGACGACGGAUGGCCAGCAGCAACAAUUGGUCAGCCAGCAUCGAGCGCUGAUUUUCUGCCAGCUAAAAGCCAUGCUAGAUAUCGUGGAAAAAGACUUGCUGCGAGUUCAUCUACCCACAGUUACCUAUUUACGUCUCGAUGGAAGCGUGCCGGCGUCGCAACGCCAUUCUGUUGUUGCCCGUUUCAACGCCGAUCCAUCUAUCGACGUUUUACUUUUGACCACUCAAGUCGGUGGGUUGGGAUUAAAUCUAACCGGAGCAGAUACGGUGAUAUUCGUUGAGCACGACUGGAAUCCAAUGAAAGAUCUACAGGCAAUGGAUCGAGCGCAUCGCAUCGGACAAAAGAAAGUUGUCAAUGUUUAUCGAUUGAUUACAAGGGCAACACUCGAAGAAAAGAUUAUGGGACUACAAAAGUUCAAACUGCUCACCGCUAACACCGUCAUCUCGACGGAAAACGCAUCUAUGGAAACCAUGGGAACAGAUCAGUUACUGGAUCUGUUCUCCUUGGAUACUAGCAAGGAUAAAAGAAUGGACGGACAGGGGGGUUCUGGUAGUGGCGAUGGAAACGAGUCAGGAUUUUCUGGCCUCGUUGGAGUUGGUCGAUCUGUGUUAGAAAGUCUCCCAGAGCUAUGGGAGCAGCAGCAGUACGACGACGAAUACGAUCUUGAUUCGUUCCUUUCAACGCUACGUGGUGAUAAUCAGUCAACUCCUGUUUAGAGCUGGAGAUCGAUCUGUUUGGCAUUGACAUUCUUGACACAUAGAUUUUUGUUUAUAGUAUCCUCCGUGUCUUGUGUCGGGAAACAGUGAACUUGACAAUGUUGAACCCUGAUUGAACGCAAUGACUAACAUUGCAUUGCCAUAUAUCUUCUCAUGUUGCACUAAAUUUAGAAAACUUUUUUUUACAGGCAAAAUAUUCGUCGCACAUGAAUUAAAGGUAUCAUUUUUUAUUCAUAGCCAAUGAAUUCUCUCUUUAGAUCAUGUAGAAAAUGGGAUCAUGUAGCGUUAAAAAGUGAAAAAUUUUAAUAUUAGUAAUUUUUAAGUAUGAAAUCGGGCAACCAAAUGCGUAAUUUAGCAAAGGCUUUAGAGAACGUGUCAAAUUCCAACACGCUAACUCGUGAUAUUUUUU